AUGGGACGCGGCGGUUACAACGCCCCCAUCGAUGCUGGUCGCGGUGGGUACAACAGCCCCGUCGACGCUGGUCGAGGUGGGUACAACGCUCCCAUCGAUGCCGGCCGCGGUGGGUACAAUGGGCCCGUGGACUUCGGUCGAGGCGGGUACAACUGA